UCCUGACCUGGGACCAUGUACCCCAACCCUCUCAUCUAUUGCACCUGCUGGGACCCCUGGAACCUGGGACCACGAAAGUUGAUUAAGACCCCUCAUCCACCAAGCCAGACCAUCACAGGACGGAACAAGCUAGCUCCUCUUCAACCAGCUUCAAAAGACCAAAAUUACCUCCAAUCCCAACCAACAGCAAAACCUGUUGUCAACCCAAAAAUGAAAAUCCCUUUAGGAAAGCAAGAGGAGAGCAACAGAUCACCUUAUGAAGUGAUCAAUGUGUCACCUGGCUAUCAGCUUAUUCGGAAUCGAGAGCAGAUUUCCGUCACCUUAGGAGACGAGAUGUUCAGUAGGAAAAAACGGUUGGAAUCAGAGAUCACGGACAAAGUCGAAUUUUCCAGGACCAAUGUCAUUCAUGACCUAGAAGAGCAGAUCUCAGAGCUGACGGCAGUCAUAGAGCAAAUGAACAGAGACCACCAGUCUGCCCAGAAAUUGCUUGCCGAUGAAAUGGAACGCCGCUGUGCUGAGAUGAAACAGAACUUCGAGAACAAGAACAGGGAGCUCAGAGAGGCUCACAAAACGGAGGUCAGUGAACUGGAGAACAACUACAAAACGUCCUUGAAGGCAGAGAAGGCGGCUGCCCAGGAGAAGAUAGAGGAGAUGAGAAAGGAGUAUAAGUAUCUGAAGAAUAUGUUUCAUAUGUACCAGGACAGCAUUUAUGAUGAAAUGGAAGACAAGUGGUCAAAGCGGAAGGCAGAGUGGGAGAAGGACGAGAAGAUAGAGCGGGAGAAGAUCCUGCUGCAGCAAAAACACAAGAUGACGAAGAAGUUUGAACUGGAGUCAGAAGAAGAAAAGAAGAAGAUAAGCGAAACCUAUGUUGCUCUCUUUGAGAAUUUCACGCGAGAGAAGGAGGAGCUCUUGAAACAGCAUGAAAGUGACACCGUGCAAUUAGAGGAACUGAGGAAGACCAAAGAGAUCGUGGAAGAAGAGCUGCAUGCACAAACUCUUGUUCUAGAGUCACUGAACAUGAACCUCUGCAACACCCAGAUGGAGCUCCAGAAAGAGAAAGCGGCCAUGGGUCACCUGGAGAAAACGCUCCAGACCAAGCUUGCUGAAGCCGAAGAGAAGUAUAAGUACACUAUACAGAUGCUGACCGAGGAGAACCUUCAUCUGAGGCAAAAGAUAAUUGCCAAGAAUGAAGAAAUCUAUAAAGGACGAUCAGGAAAACCAAUGGGUAGCACCUCUUUUGAGGAUGACUUGAACACUUUGGAAGAUGAUGACAACAGAAGAUGAGAAUCAGUAACAAGAAGCUGUUCUCCCUGGCUGACACAGCAGGAGGGCCAUCCCUGAAGCCACUGACAGCAGCAGGAAAACCAUCCCCCAUAGGCCUGGAGCACUCCUGUGAGGUUGUUUGAGAAAUGCAUAGAAGUUUAGUUCUUGGGUUGCUCUGACUCCAUUUUUGUCUUUUCAUAAUUUGCUUUCUUCUG